AUACCGGAGGUGCGAACCAUGAGCGUCCUGCGUUCGCGUGCUGUCUACGCGGCCGCUGUGUGCGCGGCGGUAUGUCUAUUAACCACACACGAGACGGAGGCGUACAAGACGUUUCAGAGGAAGGUGCCGAAUGGAGGCAACGUUCCAGGAGUGGAAGCGAUUGGGCACGAACGAGCAGGUGGCGGGCCGAACAAUGACUUCGGACUGGACUUCAUUGAGGCCAUGUUCAAGUGGACCAAAACGUUUUGCGAGAAGGACUCGGACGGCGAUGGACAGACCAACGGUCAGGAGUUGGGAGACCCGUGCUGCGAAUUCGAAUUCCGUGCGAACGAGAAGGUGCGAUGGACCGAGGGGGUCUCACACCCGGGAGACCCUGCGCUCAAAUCGGACCCGAAGCUGUGGGAAGGCAUCGUCUGCGGGGCUGAUGCAGUCGAACCUGAGGCUCCAAAGGUUGCUGAGCCUGUAGCAACAGAAGCUGUAACAGAGGCUGAAGCUACGGGGCCGGAGGCUGUAGCGGAAAAGGAGAUUGAGAAAAAGGAGGAGACUGUGCUGCAGGCGGCUGUACAGGGCGAGGCAGGGACGCAACAGGAGAAGGAACUGACGGCUGGUGCGCCGGCACUGCAUGCGUCUGUGAUGCUGUCGGCGAUAGCGCUGACUGUUAUGGCGAUCUACGUCGUGGUCAUGCGGUCGGGUCGUCGCUCACGUAGUCUGCCGAUCUUCCGUCAGCAGCGACGGGGACCCAAGUAGAGCAGGGAGCAAGGACCGGUAGAGAAAUGUUGGACCUGACUAGAUUGCAGUGUUUUGUUUGUACAUACGCGUUAACGCACACCGUUGAAUACAUUAUUCAUGGUACUUGAUGGCCUGGAGUAAGGCACAACAGGCGUCUGUGGUGUCCUCGAGAGAGGACCCUUGCUGGUAGCAAGCAAACUGCUGAAUUGCGUGUUUUUACCCGUGGUGCCACGUAUCUGAUGUGCAUUUUCGUAUCUUCCAGCAACUA